UUGCCCUAAUGUUUAGCGGGGAGGGGAUCGAGCUUCUCAUGCAUCAGCUGGCAAUGAAUCAAUACACCCACUUCUCUCAAACCUCGUACUGAAAAGGUCAAUGCAUCAGCAGUUCACAUGAGUAUGUGUAAAAUCGUUCGUGUUUGAACGAGCCAUCAUCCAAUGCAUAGGUUGUUUUCCAACAGUGACUUUGCAGCAUUUCGAAACGCUUUACAGCACAACGAAGAAUUCCGUUACCAGGGUAACAGUCCAUUCUCGCACGCUAUUGGGUGAAACGCAGCCGGAAAGCUGUUCGCUGUCAUGGAAGCUGCGUUGGUUGAACAGAUGUCCGUCUUUUGUUAAUGCUUUUCUAGUUUUAUCCCAAUUAAAUCAAUCGUACGCUUACCUUUAUGUAAAAUACAGCACGCCAUGGCGGAAAAGUUUGAUAAUCUCGAAGAACACCUCGAGAAAUUCGUCGAAAACAUACGACAGCUUGGGAUUAUUGUCAGCGAUUUCCAGCCCAGCAGUCAGACAGGACUCAACCAGAAACUGAACUUUAUGAUCACAGGACUGCAGGACAUUGAGAAAUGCCGACAGCAGCUUCAUGAUAUCAACGUACCGUUGGAAGUGUUCGAGUAUAUUGAUCAGGGUCGUAACCCUCAACUCUACACAAAGGAGUGCUUAGAAAGAGCUUUGGCUAAAAAUGAGCAGGUCAAAGGAAAGAUUGACACAUUGACUAAAUUUAAAAGCCUCCUCAUUUCUGAGCUGGGCAAGGUUUUUCCUGAAGAGAUGGCUAAAUAUAAGGCUAUUCAUGGAGAUGACCCUCCUUCAUGAGUUAGCAGUGCCACAACACUUAAAACGCAAGAUGUACAUAUGUUGAUAUUAAUAUAACAUGUUUUUUUAAGGUUGAAUUCAUCAGUGAAAUAUGCAAAUUUUUACAGCUUUUUCAUCUUUGUAUUUGCCUUUGUAAUUCACAAGAUUAUGGAUUAAAAACUGCGGGAUAUUUUGGGACAUCCUUGAAACAGUGCAAAGCUUUUAUUCCUCAUGCAUUGUAAUUUUCGCAGCAUAAAUUACAUUUUUUUCAUUGAAUAAAUGAUUAUUUUGUGUAAUGACAACCACCAUUCUUUUUGGUUAUAUCAACCACUUUGUUUCUGAUAUGAAUGUAGAAUUGUGUCAGUAAGCUGUUUAUACAGCCUUUCUCAGGUGUUUUUUGGUUGGAUUGGUUCCAGUGGCCUCAAGUUACUUCCUGCCAUGCCCUCUUUUGCCCUGCCUUGUAAUCUCACACUACUUGUCUGGUGCUGUGAUGGAAUUGAUUCGUAAGCGUCCUCCUUUAACCACAUGAAAUUAUUCAUGAUGAGUCCUGCAGCUGAACUGAGAACCAACAGUGAGACUUUAGUAAACUCUAGUUGACAAUUUAAGGAUGACAAGCUCAUGAAAACUCAGACGUUCUUCAUGAAUGUCUCUCUGAACAGUGAAAGAUAGGUCCUUAGCAAUGGUAAAGCUUUGUACUUGGUUAACAAAGACUGGAGGUUUAACUAUUUGUGUCUGAAAUACCUUUGGACCAAUCGAUGGAGGGUUUUAUAACACUUUUGUAAGGCUAAAAUCUUUAAAAAACUGGUCAAACUGAACAUCUGCUCAAUGAUUAGUCACUUCCCUCU